AGGCGAAGGGGAUGACAAGUGUGCUGGGCAUUUCCAAGCAAACGGACGAGAGUUGCUGCGACAACAAGAGCAACACGCCGGAACCCUCUGAUCUAGCAACCGUGCACUCCAACUCCGCGUACAUGACUGACAGCGACACGGAGCGGGACAUGCUGAAUUUCGAAGUCAACCGCCCUGACGACAUCAACGACGCGAGCAUGAUAAAGGAAAUCUCCGAGCACCUCGACCUUUCCAUAGAGGAGAAAAUGGACGCGCUCAUGACGUCGACAGCAGUGACGGCUCGGCAUGUUGAUGUAUCUUGCGUUCGGUUGAUAGCCAAGAAGAUGAAAACCAGAGUGGUGGAGAAGGAUGCGCUGGUAAUGAAGAGAGGGUGCACUGGGAGGUGCAUGUACUGGGUGGUACGCGGAUCUUGUGUAGCCUUCUUUAACGGGCAGUGCUUCGAGCCAAGAGGGAGGGGACAGUGCUUUGGGGAGGUGGCAGUGGUGAAUGUUUGCAAUAAGAUGAGGGAGGGUGUGACGCUGGAGGAGGCGAUCAAGACGAGUAGGAGGAUGACGGACGUGGUGGCGCUGGAGCAGACAGUGCUCAUUGAGCUGGAUGCCGUGGAUGCUCUGCCGCUAGUGAGGACAGCACCCAACCUGUGGCGUACACUGGAGGAUCUAGCCAAGUUUCGAGUGAAUCGAGUCAAAGUGGCGAGCGAGGAAUGCUCGCAAGAGAAGGCAUGACGUGUAACUCAUCAUGUGGUAACUUUGUAUGAGAGGGGUAGAGAUAGACUUUAACUGAGAUAUCAUGUUGUAUUUUGUUGUGAAGUAAA